UCAUAUUUGGAGCACCACCAUAACUGACUCCCGAGAAAACAAUAAAGAAAGAAUUUUCUUAGUCCACAAACAACAGCAAGAAAAGAAGAGCAUACUUGAAUUGUUUUCAUUAUUAAUUUUUCUGUAAGUACUAUUAACAGCUCUCUGUGUUUCUUAUAUCUCAUUUGGGUUUCCCUUUUUCUCUUUAUCGGAACUCUCUAUACUUUUCCCCCUUUUUCAUGUUAAAGAACUGAAAAAGGGGAUUUUCUUAGUUUAAUCUGGAAAUUUGUUGCUGAUUCAUUGUUUUGAGUGGCUUUACACAUCUGGGGUUUUUAAAUUUACGUCAAAAGUUCGAAUCUUUUCACUUGGAUUUUGGUGAAAAGUGAAGCAAUGCUUAGAAUUUUGGCAAUUGAGGGUUUUCGUUUUGGUUGGUUGAGGCAUCCGUGCUUGGUUGAGGUAUCUGUGCUUGGUUUUGGUCAUUGAUGCGUAAUUACUGAAGUGGGUUUGCUUGUGCUUUCCGGAUGGGAAGUGGGGAUUUGGCCCCCUCUGUUUGGUAAGAAUGAAAAUACUGGAAAGGGCUAGGAUUGGCUUCUUGGUGUGUUGAUAUCUAUGGAGUUUGUUGAAUUGGCUACAUGAUUCUGGGUGUUUUUUAUUCCUAAUAUACCCGAGAAGUUGAGGUUUAGGUUUGUUGGGUGGAUUGUGAUUAGCUUUUUAGAGGGGCUUCGCAAAUAUUUUUUUCUCGUUGGUUUUAUUGGUUUUUUGAAGGGGUAUUGUUGGAAGCAUGAUCAAACAGAUAUUUAGUAAGCUUCCUCGGAAGUUGUCUAAGGCAGUUGAAAAUCGUGAGCUUGGUGGGACGACUGCAUUCUCGAAUAAUUCUAAUAGAUCAAGAGGCAGUGAUGUGGAGAGCAACCAGUUUGCAAAUCUGAAUGUUACAUCUCUUGCAGCCUCUAAUUCUACUCCAAUUACCGGGAAUAAUCUUGGGAGCAAAAUUCCCCAAGGCGGUAAUUCGAAGGUCAAUGGGAAUUAUAUGACUCCUAACACUUACGAAGCAUUGCCGGGCUUCAGGGAUGUCCCCAGUUCCGAGAAACAGAAUUUGUUCAUUGGAAAGCUGAACUUGUGUUGUGUCGUGUUUGACUUCACGGACCCAACAAAGAACAUCAAAGAAAAGGAGAUCAAGCGUCAGACAUUAUUAGAGCUUGUGGAUUAUGUUACUUCUGCGUCUGGGAAAUUCACAGAAACGGUCAUGCUAGAAUGUGUAAAAAUGGUGUCUGCAAAUUUAUUUAGGGCAUUCACUACUCAGUCAUGUGAGACCAAAGCUUCAGAAGGCUUUGAUUUGGAAGAGGAGGAGCCGUCGAUUGAUCCUGCUUGGCCUCACUUGCAAAUUGUGUAUGAGUUUCUCCUAAGGUUUGUGGCAUCACCUGAGAGUGAUGCCAAGUUGGCUAAGAGGUACAUUGAUCACUCAUUUGUUCUUAAGUUGUUGGAUCUAUUUGACUCUGAAGACCCCAGAGAAAGGGAAUACCUAAAAACAAUUCUUCAUCGUGUCUAUGGCAAAUUUAUGGUACACCGCCCAUUCAUCAGGAAGGCUAUCAACAACAUAUUCUAUCGUUUUAUUUUUGAGACUGAAAAGCAUAAUGGCAUAGCUGAACUUUUAGAAAUUUUGGGCAGCAUAAUAAAUGGGUUUGCUCUGCCACUGAAAGAAGAACACAAACUGUUCCUUGUCCGGGCACUGAUUCCCUUGCACAAACCAAAGUGCUUACCAAUGUACCAUCAACAGCUGUCUUAUUGUAUUACUCAGUUUGUGGAGAAAGACUGCAAGCUUGCUGAUACAGUUAUAAGGGGUUUAUUAAAAUAUUGGCCAAUCACAAACAGUUCAAAGGAAGUCAUGUUCCUCAGCGAGUUAGAAGAAAUUUUAGAAGCAACCCAGCCAGCAGAAUUCCAGCGCUGUAUGGUGCCCUUGUUUCACCAAAUUGCUCGUUGCUUGAACAGCUCACACUUCCAGGUGGCAGAGAGAGCUUUGUUCCUAUGGAAUAAUGGUCACAUUGAGAACUUAAUCAAACAAAAUCGCGGUAUUAUAUUGCCCAUCAUCUUCCCUGCCUUGGAGAAAAAUGCUAGAAACCAUUGGAAUCAGGCUGUCCAUGGCUUGACUUUAAAUGUCCGCAAGAUUUUCUUUGAUCUUGAUCCUGAGCUGUACAAGGAAUGCUUGCUCAAGUUCCAGGAAGACGAAUCAAAGGAAGAUGAAAUUAAAGCCAAACGGGAAGCCGCAUGGAAACUUCUAGAAGAAAUGGCUGCAAAGAGAGUUGCAAGUAAUGAAGCUGUGCUUGUCCCCUGAAAGCAUUUCCCUCCACAUCUUCAGGUUUGGGAGUGAGCUUCAGAUAUUUGUUGUGCCUCCAUUAUUUUUCCUUUUUCUUUUUGACAUUUGAGAUGGGAUUUCAUAAAACUGAUGACAUGGUUCAUGAGGUGGAGUGUUCAUGGUUAUUUAAUUCCUCACCUACUAUAUUAACAGAAAACCGAUAUCAUAUGAUGUAGGAGAGUUUCUACCAAUAAGAAAAAGCCUGAUGGAAAUUUUUUGAAGUCAA